ACCCAAAUUUACCAACAGAACUUAAAUUUCAAGCACGGUACCGGUAUCGUAGGCGUCAUUUAUUUGUCUAGCUUCAACCGAUGGUCUUACAUGGCUCAUUAUCGUGAUUUUAAUAAAAGAUGUCGUUAAAUGGAGCAACAAAGCGGGCCGCAGAUAUUCUGAAAUAUUGUGCGAGAUCGAAGGGAUUCGACAACAUUUUUUCUACGUUUAAUGUCAUUGCUGCAUCUCCGAACAAAGUAACGGCAGAUUACAUCGUGAAAGAAGAGCACUGCAAUCAAUAUGGUACUCUACAUGGGGGAUUUACAGCCACUGCUGUUGAUUUUAUGACGACUAUAGCACUCAUUGCAGAUGAAGAAGAUUCUCGUCCUGGUGUCAGUCUGAAUCUUAGUGUAAAUUACAUGAAAGCUCUAAAGAUUGGUGACAAAAUCACAUUAGAAGGGGAAGUCUUGAGAAAAGGAAGAUCUGUAGCUUACACAACUGCACGCAUAUUUAAGGAGAACGGAGAACUUGCUGCCCAUGGAACUCAUAUAAAACAUUUAGGGAAUUAGCAUAAAAACAUUACAAUAUUCUUGUUAAGAAAAUGAAUGACAUGUUGACAACUGUGUAAUAUUGUGUGCAGCUCUAUUUUGUAAAUUAUAACUGUUCAUACAUGUCUAUACAUUUCAACCAAAGAGUAAACACAUAUACUGUACCAUGUGGAUUUUUAUUGAGCUAGAGUUGAGGCAUGAAAUUGCACAUUUUAAACCAAACAUCAUUUAAAAUUUAGCCAAAUACAGUCUUCAGGGCAAUGAAUGAUAUAAAAAAAAAUAUAUAGUACCUCCCCCACCCCCAACUUCUGAGGACAGUAUGCAUACAACAUUUUAUAUUACAAUGAAUUUAAUACUAAGACUACGUGCUCUAUCAAUUACAGUACAGUAGAUAACAGGACUGGCUUUCCUUUGCCAUUCUCCUAGGCUCAGUGUUUCUGUAAAACUAUUUUUACAGCUACAGAACAUCUUUUGUUGAUUUCAGAAAGUGUUUCCCUUCAUUGCGAAAGUAGAUGUUAUUCUAUGAGCCAAGUAAUCACCUGAUUGUUUUAUCAAUGUUUCAUUAUUAGAUCCAAAUUGUAGGAAUUAUUAGAGUAUUUUUUAUCAAACCUACUUUUAAGCACAAAAUACUUGUCUUUCUUAUACAUGUGCUGAUACUCAAUGAUACUAGUCUACAUCUACUCGUAGUUCAUCUAUGCAAUGUUGUCGCUAUACAGUCUGAAAUUAGAGAUCCAAAAAUGAUUGACGUUAAGCUUGUGUUUUCACUCCCGUCAUCUGCAUUUUAACCACUAUCCCCUUGCUUCGUUCAAAGCGUAUAAGAAAUUAACUUUCAGAUUGGAACAAUUGGAACAGAGACAUGGCAUUGAAAA